GAGAAAUGAAACUGAAAUACUGAAAAUAUCAUUUUUUUGCCCUGAUUGCCAGUGGGUUUCUACCAAUGAAAACGUUUGAAGUCAUUGAUGACAAUGAAUUUUGAAUAGAAGAUUUUUAUUUAUUCAUGGUGAUGUGAUGCCGCAACCUAGUAAAGGGCACACAUCGUCUCAACAGAGUAACCAGAUUCCCAUCGUAACAUUUGCUAGCAUAGUUCCUGUUACAGAUGUUGUCGGGGAACUAAACUGUGCCAAUGAAAUUGGAGAAAAUGCAGCUGUUGAUAACGAAGUCAGUAGACCCUCUGUCGCUCUGCAGAGAACCCUAGAACGAGAGCAGUCGGUGUCCCUUUCUGAUCUGCUAAAUGAAGUGACAGCUCAAUUGGCUACGUCACUCCAGUCUGUGCUGAAUGUGAGAUCAGAUAAGACCGAAAGCAAUGGUGUGAGUGUGACUAAAAUGGGAAUUCAGUGCCUGCAACCACAGCAAAUGUGUCCUGUGGAUGAACUAAUUUCGGAGAGAUUAUCUCAGUUGGAGGAAAUUCAAAGAAAAGAAUUGGAAGCUGCAUUAGCUGGGUCGAAUCAGAAUGAGGCAAUUACAGACGCUGAAUCCAUGAAUAACCAUCUCUUGAACUGUGACGAGAAUAACGGUCACGAUGAAGCCAUUAUGGACAUCAACAAGGCAAUAAACCCAGAGGACGCCCUCCCUACUAAAGCCAUGAACGUUGAUACACUAAAUUUCAAUCUAGAGCAUCGCCAUUCACAGUCAAAUGGGAGUUUGAAUGAAAUGACAGAUGAAGUAUCUUCAACCACUGGACAAACGAGAAAGACGAAGACAGUACCUAUUAAAGAAGAAUCUGCGUUGGACAGAGAUAGCAGUAAGCCGUUUACAGACAUGUUCUCACGAAAUCCGAUGGUUAAACUGACGCAGCUAGACCUCCUCUCAAGUCCCAUGGGCGGUGCCGGUACUGGCUCUCAGCAAAAUGAAGAAACCAAACCGGAGUUCAAGAUGACAGCUUCAAUAAAAUUAACUAAAAUCGACGAAGAGGCAAUGGAGAAAGCACUGCGGGGUAAAAAGAUGACGGAGGUGACCUACUCUAAAACCCAUCGGGAGCAGACUGGGCUGUUCGAUUACCUCAGCAGUCAGUUCAUUCCGACAUCGUCGAAGAGGUUCAGUACGAUUAAAAAUCAAGACAAAAAGGGUCAGAAAAGGCCUCGUGAAGAAGGCGGCUCGGAUGAUGAUAAGGAACUGUUUGGAUCUGUGGAUGAAGGAGAUGCCUCAAAUCAUGGCAAAUCAGGCACUGCUGCCUCUAAAGUUGUUGAGCCGGCGUGGAAAAAGAGAAAAUACAACAGAGUGUACUCCUUACAGGAUCGACAAAUGAGCAAAAAAGAAAUUAAAGACUCCUCUGAGUUCAAACGCUGUGCCCAGCUUCUAGACAGCCUUUUGGAGUCAGUAGACGAAGCAUUCCUUCCUAAGUCGACCAAACAGCACAAGAAGAAAAAGAAGAAGACAGAAAGUACUACCUCAAGCGACGAAGAAGCGGAAUCAGACGAUGACUCUGUGCCUCUUGUCGAAUUCAGCGAAGAUCGAGACUCGAAUCGCCUCUCGUGUCCGCCAGAGUUGCAAGUUAAACGUGCAAUGCUAUCCGAACUUGCGACUGAGUGUUCAAAGCUAAAAGAAGUGGAAAUCAUGAAUGUCAUACCGGUUGAGAAAUUAGUCAAGCUAUUUUCGGUACUGGAACAAAAUAUCAGAGAUGGCUCUAAGUUGGCACUAUCUAGCAAAUCCAAGCCGGCAGUUAAUGGAGCUAUUGAUCGAACUAAUGAUUGUUGGAGGGAGAUGGUUUUAGAGCGUGUAUGGCGAGCUACAGAAGCGUCGCUCCUAGCCUUAACUAUUCUGACAGCACCUAAUAUGCCUAAACGAGUUUACAUCGAGGAACUCUUUGAAACUAUGAUCAAAUUCCUUCAUUAUCAAUUCGCAAAUACAAUUUUCCCAGAAUUUGACCCCCUGUACAGAACCACUGUUAAAGAAGACGGAAAAGAAAAGGGCGAGAAAGCGGACGCAAGCUUGAAAGCUAAAAGAGCAAAAGCGGUGGCUGUAAAAGAGAAAAGUCUCUUGAGUCUGUAUCAGAGAUUCGGCGAACUAGUGACCCUAUUGUCCGAUCUUUUAGCGGUUCAAGUGAUGACUGAUUCAGUUCUGCUGCAAUUGUCAUCGCUUGCAAUUAGUGUGUUCUUUGUGGAGAAUAUCAGCGAGCUACAGCUGGCAACUUUACGGUUGAUAACAUCUGUGUUUGCGAGGUACCCGAGACAUCGGCAACUCAUUUUUCAAGAGCUUUUCUCCUCUCUGUCACGUCUUCCGUCCUCCAAAAGAAGUCUGCGUCCGUUCCGUUUGACAGAAGAUGAACACAUUCAGAUGGUAACUGCCUUGGUUCUGCAACUCAUCCAAAGUGUAAUACACCUUCCGAGCCAAUCUGAACUGGCCCAAUCAGUGGAUCAAGCGGCAACUGCUGCUAUAGCUGGAGAGCGCCAGUCUUCUCACAACCAAAGUGCAAAUGCGACUCAAAAAUCAGAAGGCCUAGAUAUAGAUGUAACAUUGAACAAUUGCUCUAUGGAAGCUAAUAAAACAACCCAAACUCUGUUAAAUGUGUUUCUAACGAAGUGCACGACAAAAAGUGAUGAGGAUUUCCGACCACUUUUUGAGAACUUUGUACAGGAUUUGUUGACAACAGUAAACAAACCAGAAUGGCCUGCAAGUGAAUUCGCAUUGUCUCUUUUGGGGCGAUUAUUGAAUAUGCAUUUCACAGCCAAAGGGUCGGAUACGGCUCUAAGGGUUACAUGUCUAGACUACUUGGGAGUUAUUGCAGCGAGACUUAGGAAAGAUGCGGCAACGAGUAAAUGCAGCAGAAGUGACAUCGAAACUGUUCUUAAAGAACUGAAGAAUGAGAACAAGCCAUUGGUGAAUUUUGAAGACGACGACGAAGGUGAGGACUGGAGCAGAUCUAAGGAGUCGUUCACGCAGCAGCUUCAGAGAGUGAUGCUGGACUACCUGCAGGAUCUGUCAGACACUGAGCCAUCUCUUUUGUACGCUAAAGGAUACUACAUAGCCCAGUGGUACCGAGACAUGAGACUCGAGAUUGAGCGGUGCACUAAGCUUCUAAACAACUCAAACGCGACAGACUCCGAGGCAAGUCAAAGUGCUGUGGGAAAGCUCAGCCCACCGCAACUUAUGCAGAAAGUCAAAGAAGCGGAACAACAGAAACAAUUUCUUCUAUCACUCAUCCAUGCGAAGCCAGGAUCAGGAGUUGCCAGUUUGAGGAAUGCGCACUUGAAUCUAUCGUACGAAAGUGCAUGUCUUAUUGCAAGCUACUUGGCAUCGGAGCGUCCCUUCAUGAAGAGCUUUGAUGUUUAUCUCAGACAGAUCAUCGCUGUGUUAGCUGAGCCUAGUGUAGCCAUCCGCACCAAGGCUGUCAAGUGUCUUACUGCAGUGGUGGAGGCCGAUCCAAGUCUUCUUUCCAGGGUCGAGUUGCAGCAUGCAGUGAACAGCAUGUUUAUCGACAGCUCCAGCAACGUCCGAGAAGCUGCAGUUGAUUUGUUGUCUCGUUUUGUUCUACUGCAAGACGAUUUACCAGAGAAAUACUUCGACAUGAUUGCAAACAGGAUCUUGGACACUGGCAUAUCAGUUAGAAAACGGGUUGUACGAAUACUCAGGGAUAUCUGCAUUGAGAAGCCUGACUUUCCACGGAACACAGAGAUAUGCUGCAAACUUAUACGUAGAAUAAACGACGAAGACUCAAUACGAAAACUGGUUCUAGAAGUUUUCGAAAAGCUCUGGUUUACUCCAGUAGUACCUGUGAAUGUAGCCAUCAAAUCAUCGCACAGUCCUAAUUCAGGUAGUAAUAAGGUCAUCCAGCUGAAAAUCAACCAAAUAGUGGAAACACUGCGUCAUGCCACUGACACUGGAUUCGAAGGCUUCCAAAAUCUCCUCUCAAUCCUGGUCAAAGACGACAAAGAAGGAUCCAUAUCUUCAGCAUCAAAUUCCAAUUUUCGAGCUCUGACCGAAAUAGUCGAUGGUAUUAUGGAGUACAUGGUUAACCUCGAAGAGUCUGAGGAAGCGAUUUCGAAUGAUCAGGGUGGAAGGAGUCGAGUCCACAGUUCCAAACUGAUGUCAUGUCUCUCAGUUUUGUACCACAUUGCAAAGAUAAAGCCAACGUUGUUAGCUAAUCACGCCAAUGAAUUGCAACCCUACUUAGCGACCAAAGUUUCAAAUGAAUUUGACUCGAUGGUGCUGUACUACACAGCAGCAAUUUUCGAAAUCACAGUUCCUCUGAUUUCGAAUCCGAGUGAAAAUUUGUUAACGAGUUUACAAGAAGAGUUAAUGAAAGUAGUUAUGAAUGGAGGUCAAAAUGCGCUGAGUAAUUGUGUUAGCUGCUUAACAACAGUAGUAAUGAAGGUGACGAAGAACUACGAGACACUAAAUGAUUGUAUUGACAAAUUCUUCACGACUUUAGCGAGUGUGAGAGCGUGUCAGGAACUAACGAGCAAACAGGGAUCGUCGGUGACAGGUGAAAGUGAUUACAUUGGGAAAGCGAAGGGCUCUCUGAGCAGGGCUCUGUAUGCACUGGGUCUGCUAGCACAGAAGUAUGACCCUUUCCAGCAUUCGCAAGUGGGACUGUCAAUGCAUCUCUAUCAACAUCUGACCUCGCCAUCUACAAACUCCAGCUCAGACGAAAGAGUAAACCAAGGUCAGCAUACAUCUCCGACACCAGCUAACCCUGCUUCAAACCACGAAGCAAACGCAAAGCAGAAGCAACGUAAGUUCGGUGAAUUAGUCGCUGAUCACAUGUUGUACUAUGCCAGAUGCCACAGUCCAGAUGUUGUAGCGAAAGCACUGACCGGACUGGGGUUUAUAUGCAGUGCACAUCCUGAGUUACUGCUAUGGGAGAAAGUGAAGAGUCUCUACUUUGAUGUUCUGGAAACAGGAGCCACAUUAAUAGGGUCAAAUAUAGGACAAUCAUUGACCCCCAAAGCAGGAUCUGGAGGGUCUGCAGGAUUGAGACAGUUGGUGCUGCAUAAUAUGGAGCAGUAUUUGAUUGCGGAAGAUGAAAGAUUACAGCAGGCUGACGAAGAAUUCAAGAAAGCCAAAGUGGCAGCCGAGAGUGGGGCUGGUGGAGCGACGAUGGCAGACACUCUGAAGGAGAUGGGGGAUCUGAACUCGGGUAUGGCCUCCUCCAUCAUCCAGAUCUACCUCAACUGUAUCUUCGCGAACUUCUUCGCCACACAACCCUCCAUCAGGGCUCAGGCUCUAAAGGUGGUGAGUCUGGUAUUGAAGCAAGGACUUGUACAACCUGUGAACUGUGUCCCGUAUCUCAUUGCACUGAGCUCAGACACAGAUGCAUCUAACAGAAACAGAGCUCAUGAACAGCUGGUUGACAUUGAUACGAAGUACCCUGGAUUCGUCCAUCAGAAGGCAUCUCAAGGACUCAGCUUAGCCUUCUCGCUUCACAGGAGUCUGUUACCGGCUUACGAGCUAAUCAGAGGUUACCGAAUCGAAUACGAAGGUCAAGCACCGAAUCAAAUGUGCCACGUCGAAGCGUGUUGCUCAGCCUUGUAUACGUUAUUAAGGACGCAGCGAAAUAAUAGAAGGGCGCUGGUAAAGCCUCUGCUGGCUAUGUUCGAUAGCGCGGACCACGUUUCUUUACGUGAACUGCUUUUCUUUGCUGAUAAUUUGUCUUCGUUCAAAUACCUUAUGCAAGAUGAAGUAUUCUUUAUUGUCCAUGUCAUUGACAUUCAGUUGUCUAUAAGCGGAGCAAAUAUUCUCUCAGAGUUUAAAAACGUUUUCUAUCCUGAGAGAAGAUUACUAGCUACUUUAGUCGAGCAAAAAGAAAGUGCAAUGGAAAAUAUGCAACUCCUGCUGCCAAACAAUUCCAUGCAGAUCAGUAAUAGCUUCCAAUAUCAGUCGCAAUCAGCCAAUGAUCAACAAAAUGCGCUACAAACUGGCAAUUAUUACGGAAACAGCUUCAUGUACACACAACAAACACAUUCCAACGAGAUUUAUAAUCAAACUCAAGGUCAGAACUUACAUAACAUGUACCAUCAACAAGGAGAUUUUGGUAAUAUGAAUCCUCAGCAGCAAAUGUAUAUGCAACAUCCAAUACAACAGCAUGGAAUGAUGGACAAUGUGCAGGGAUACUAUAUGGGCGCUAACGGAAUGAUGUAUGGUCAAACACAGUCGGCAAUGAGUCCCGCUCAUGCAUCAGUUGAGUUGAAUGCAUUGCAAUCCCUGGCUUCGAACCCUCAAAUGGGUCAAUACGUCCAAGGGAAUCCUAUCAGCAACUCAUCACAUGUAGGCAAUACUAUGUAUCCAAUGCAAUAUCUGCACCAACAAAAUAUGCCCAAUGUAAAUGCAAUGGCCAUUGAUGCUGCGCCGAGCCCCAACGUGAACCCUCAACAGGGACAAUUAUCGAGUCCCAGUCACGUACUUGCAGGUCAGCAAAGUUAUGUCAAUCAGGGUCAAAAGUCAAGUGAUUUGGCGAAGAGUGCAGACUCAAGGGUGCAAGUGCAGCCACUACCUGACGAGGAUGACUUCGAAGAUGAGCACUCGCUGCUUGAAAAAUACCCAGAGGAAGAUGCAGCCUUAACUGAACUCUUGAAACAAUCUCACGCCUGCAUUCUCCUCUGUCUGAUCAAGCAGCACCUGAAGACAGUCUAUUCAGUGAGUGACUCCAAGUUCCAGCACUACUCUCCAAACGAGGCGGCCAAAGUGUUUGAGAAGGCAGUGAGCAGGAAGAGUGGAGUGAAGUUCGAACCAACAGUCGUCAUCAAUUAUAUCCAGUUCGGAGGAUAUACUUCGCCUGUGGUGGAUCCUCAGCAAAGACUGGCUGUAGUGAGACACUACCUUGAG